UGUGAGUAGAACCGCAGGUCUCCUCACGUUGGAUGCCCAGAAAACCGUUCCCGUGAAACAAUGUAGCUAAGAAACACGUCUGUGAUCUAAACAGAGCUGAUCAUCGAGUGUGAGCCGGAGACACGGGGACACGGGGUCAGGGUGCACAUCGGAGCACUCCAGGGUCUGCCAUAGAGCAUCUCUACGAAGAUAUCCACAGCUUUGAUGCAGCACAGUGUUGAAAUAAAUCCAAGAUGACGGAAGAGGUGAUUGUCAUCGCCAAGUUUGAUUACAUGGCCCAGCAGGACCAGGAACUGGACAUUAAGAAGAACGAGCGUCUCUGGCUCCUGGAUGACUCAAAGUCUUGGUGGCAUGUACGAAACGCUACCAACAAGACCGGUUUCGUGCCAUCUAACUACGUCGAACGAAAGAACAGCGCAAGGAAAGCCUCAAUCGUCAAGAACCUCAAAGACACUUUAGGGAUCGGCAAGGUGAAACGGAAAACAGGCAUGCGUGAAACAGCCUCCAACGCCGACUCUGACUUGUGUCCAGACAAUAGUGAACGUCUGUAUGACCUAAACCUUCCUGCGCUUGUCAAAUUCAGCUACACGGCUGAGCGGGAAGAUGAGUUGUCGUUGGUUAAGGGUACAAGGGUCAUCGUUAUGGAGAAGUGCAGUGAUGGCUGGUGGAGGGGGAGCUACAAUGGCCAUUCGGGAUGGUUCCCAUCCAACUACGUGACAGAGGAUGCAGAUGGAUCGGCGAGCAACGACUUAGCCGGCUUGUCUGAGAAAUCGGCUGCUGCUGUUCAUAGUGUGAAUGGCAACCGGGUGCUGCACACAGUACAGGCACUCUACCCGUUCAGUUCGGGCAACGAUGAAGAGUUGAACUUUGAGAAGGGGGAGGUUAUGGAUGUUGUGGAGAAGCCAGAAAAUGACCCAGAGUGGUGGAAGUGUCGCAAAGCCGAUGGGCAGAUGGGACUUGUGCCAAAGAACUACGUGACUGUUCUGGAGGAGUCGCACAACUCAGCCAGCAUGGCCGGGCCGCCCACACCUGACUGUGACUACAUUGAGCCUUCAUCCAGUGGACGUUUUGCUGGCAAGCUGUGGUACUAUGGGAAGGUGACGCGUCAUCAGGCAGAGGUGGCACUCAACCAGAGGGGCACAGAGGGAGACUUUCUUAUCCGGGACAGCGAGUCCUCACCCAAUGACUUUUCAAUAUCGCUGAAAGCUCAGUCCAAAAACAAGCAUUUCAAAGUCCAAAUGAAGGACAACCUGUACUGCAUCGGACAACGCAAGUUUAACUCAAUGGAGGAGUUGGUGGAACACUACAAAAAGGCACCCAUCUUCACCAGCGAUCAGGGUGACAAACUCUACCUGGUCAAGGCUCUGGCUGCCUCCUGAUCCAAGUAGAAAAAAUAUCCAGUUAACAAUGACUACACUUCCAGACAGACAGACUGGGAAUAUCAAGCAUUCCAAGAAAGGGAGGUACUGGGAGAGACAAACAAUGGACUCCCGUUCAUUUGCUCGGAAAAAUCCUUGAAUUUCAUCGAGGGACACGUCCAAUGUAUCAAAAUACAGUAUGUUUAGACCAUAGAUGAUGCAGUGUAUUUUGAUGUCAACAUGUAUUAGAAUUACAACCUAGGUCGUCUUUUGUUAAUAUAUAUUCUUUUCAUUGUUUCUUUAACUUCCCUGUCCUUUCAAGUUUCUGCUAUUGAAGUCCUGACUGAGAAGAACUUUUCUCAACAUUUUUGAGAGGUCUUACAUACUGUUACUGCCUGCAAAUGCCUGAACCACACGGAACUUUUAAAAUUGAUGUAAUCUGCUAUAUUUAUUAGGAAUCAAUAUUUCUGCAAUAUGCACCAACAAUUAAAGUGAGUGACCAAAACCAAUAUUCCGAAUUAGGCACAAUGAUUUUGGGAUUAAUCUUGAACUGUAGUCUGCCAAUUGCAUGUUUCCAACAUUAAAUCAAGCUUGAGGUCUCGUUUAGGAUGACAUAUGUAUUUAUGAGGGGUAACAUUUCUUAAGUUCUGCUUCGCUGAUAAUCAAGGUUCUUAUGAUUGUGGUUUGUUAGCUAGCUUUAACAAUAGAGUCCUACAUUUAUUCAGACAUCUUGGAACUGUCAGAAACCAUGCCAUGCCAUAAUAUGAUGCGUCUCCGCUUUGUCAAAGUGCUUAGCUGUGAUUAAUGACUUCUACUAGACAUUUAUUUGAAUAUGGGAGCUUGUGCAAGAUUUGCAGAUCUUCAUUGGAGCCUGAAUUUCAAUGCCAUGACUGAAGAUUAAAGAAAAUUAAACAACAUUUGUGUACACAAUAGGUAUUUUAUGAUUCAGUGUUUUACUAAUAAAAACUGCCUUUCAUGAACAAGGCUGCAAUCGCAUUACAA